GAGAGAGAGUGAGCGAGAGCGGUGGAGGGAGGAAGACUGAAGAUAAGUCAAUCAGUUUCCGAAAAAGGGCGUCCUCCUCCUCCUCCACCACCACCUCCACCUCCUCCUCAUGUUUGUCUCUCCGGAGGAAGGGGCGGUCUCAGCGCCGCAGCAGAUCCGGAAUUAGCCCGUGUCCGCUCGGCUCCGCUCGGUCCGUCGCUCGGUCGGUCGGUCGGUUCGGUUCCAGCCGAGACAGAAACCGAAGCUCCAACCAGCCAGAAAGAAGAAAAAAGAAGAAGGAGAAGCAGAGAAAGACGGGGGGAGGGACGAGCCGAGUGGGGCAGCAGAGAGGAAUAAACAGAGAAGAAGAGAGAAAAGUCCGGGCAGAAGGAGGAGAAGAUGCCGCUGGCUCAGCUGGCGGAUCCCUGGCAGAAGAUGCCUGUAGGGGGGACGGCCGGAGAGGAUGCACACCAGGACCCGGAGGACUCGGUGGGCGACGACGACUCCAUGCCCGGCUGCACCGAUGACGUGCCAAUCAAAGAGAUCAGCAUCACCCACCACGUGAAGGAGGGAUCGGAAAAGGCCGACCCGCGACAGUUCGAGCUCCGCAAAGUUCUGGGACAAGGAUCCUUCGGCAAGGUGUUUCUGGUGAGGAAGAUCACCGGACCGGAUGCUGGUCAGCUGUACGCCAUGAAGGUCCUGAAGAAAGCCACGCUGAAAGUCCGAGACCGGGUCAGGACGAAGAUGGAGAGAGACAUCCUGGUGGAGGUCAACCAUCCCUUCAUCGUCAAGCUGCACUACGCGUUUCAGACGGAGGGGAAGCUCUACCUGAUCCUGGACUUCCUCCGAGGAGGAGAUCUCUUCACUCGCCUCUCCAAGGAGGUGAUGUUCACGGAGGAGGACGUGAAGUUCUACCUGGCAGAGCUCGCCUUGGCCCUCGACCACCUUCACGGCCUCGGCAUCAUUUACAGAGACCUGAAGCCUGAGAACAUCCUUCUCGACGAGCAGGGACACAUCAAGCUGACUGACUUCGGCCUCAGCAAGGAGUCGAUCGACCACGAGAACAAGGCCUACUCGUUUUGCGGGACGGUGGAGUACAUGGCUCCAGAGGUGGUGAACCGGCGAGGACACACCCACAGCGCCGACUGGUGGUCGUACGGCGUCCUGAUGUUCGAGAUGCUGACGGGAACGCUGCCGUUUCAAGGCAAAGACCGGAAAGAGACGAUGACCAUGAUCCUCAAAGCCAAGCUGGGAAUGCCGCAGUUUCUGAGUUCGGAAGCUCAGAGUCUCCUCAGGAACCUUUUCAAACGCAACCCUGCCAACAGAUUAGGAGCCGGACCAGAUGGAGUGGAGGAGAUCAAGAGGCAUCACUUCUUCAGCACCAUAGACUGGAAUAAACUUUACCGCCGUGAGAUCCACCCUCCCUUCAAGCCGGCUGCAGGACGACCUGACGACACUUUCUAUUUCGAUCCGGAGUUCACGGCCAAAACGCCCAGAGACUCGCCGGGGGUCCCUCCGAGUGCCAACGCCCAUCAGCUGUUCAGAGGAUUCAGCUUUGUGGCCAUAACAGAGGAGGAAACACAACCACUACCUAACGCUAUAGUACAGCAACUUCACAGAAGCACGUCUCAGUUCUCAGACGCCUACGAGAUCAAAGAGGACAUCGGAGUCGGAUCGUACUCCAUCUGCAAGCGCUGCAUACAUAAAGGCACGGGGAUGGAGUACGCAGUCAAAAUCAUCAGUAAGGCCAAGAGAGACCCGACGGAGGAGGUGGAGAUCCUGCUGAGAUACGGACAGCAUCCCAACAUCAUCACCCUCAAGGAUGUGUACGAUGACGGCCGCUCGGUGUUCCUGGUGACGGAGCUCAUGAAGGGCGGCGAGCUGCUCGACAAAAUCCUCCGACAGAAGUUUUUCUCAGAGCGAGAGGCGAGCGCCGUCCUCUACACCAUCACCAAGACCCUGGAGUACCUGCAUGUGCAAGGGGUGGUUCACAGAGACCUGAAGCCCAGCAACAUCCUGUACGUGGACGAGAGCGGGAACGCCGAGUCCAUCCGGAUCUGCGACUUCGGUUUCGCCAAACAGCUGCGAGCGGAGAACGGGCUGCUCAUGACGCCGUGCUACACCGCCAACUUCGUCGCCCCCGAGGUGCUGAAGAAGCAGGGCUACGAUGCCGCCUGUGACAUCUGGAGUCUGGGAGUUCUGCUCUACACCAUGCUAACGGGUUUCACUCCUUUCGCUAACGGACCAGAGGACACGCCGGAGGAGAUUCUGGCUCGGAUCGGCAGCGGGAAGUUUUCCCUCAGUGGAGGAUACUGGAACUCUGUGUCUGCUGAAGCAAAGGACCUGGUCUCCAAGAUGCUCCAUGUGGACCCCCACCAGCGUCUGACAGCCGGUCAGGUCCUCCGACACCCCUGGGUGACGCACCGAGACCAGCUGCCCAAAUACACCCUGAACAGACAGGACGCUCCUCACCUGGUUAAGGGGGCGAUGGCGGCCACCUACUCGGCCCUGAACAGGAACGUCCCUCCGGUCCUGGAGCCGGUGGGCUGUUCCACUCUGGCCCAGAGGCGGGGGGUGAAGAAGAUCACCUCCACCGCCCUGUGACCUCCUCUUCCUCUUCCUGUCAACUCUGACCUCGAUCUGACCUCCAGCCGGACCGCCUUCCUCCCCUCGCCGCCUCCUCGGUCCGGCCGGACAGACUACUGAUGGACCUGGGAACCGCUAACGCCAAAUAGGAGACCGCCCCGCCGCCACUCCCUCCUGCCCCGCCCCCUCCGCCUCAACGGGCUCCUCUGAUUGGCUGCCGCCUCGCUGUAGAGUUCGGACUUGAGGCCGCGAUUAAAGGAAGUCCAUCCCGUUUUUUUUCUGCUUGGGACAAUCAGCGCCGCCUCGGACUGAGCGGCGUCAGGAAAAUAAAAGCACUGUAUUUAUUGACUGCGGACCGUAACCAUAGGAACAAAGGUAUGCAUCUAAAGGUCGGUCCGCCAUUUUAACCUCAAGUAGCCUCCGAGACGACGGCGUCUGCAGACAAGGACAGAAGGUCUGAAACAAGCCUCCCAACGUCUGAAUUAGAAAAACCCAGAGAGCAGAAAAAGUAAAAUCAGGAGCAGACGUCCCGUAUUUUAUUAUUCAAGAACAAAACGGUUAAAUUAAGGUUCAAAACAAACAUCUGGAGGUUUUCUGUUUUCUGUCUGUCAACAAAUCGCACAAAAAUACUGAAAUCUGCGUCUUGUUAGUGCAUAAAUUCUAUGAGUCAAACAUCUGGAAGAAAGCUGUAGUUCUUCAGUAUAAUUUUUUAGCGGACUACACCGAGUUAAAACGGACUACAGUGAGGUAAAAUAGCUGCAUACUGAGGUAAAAUGACUCAGCAGUGAGGAAAAACAGGUCAAACAUCUGGAAACAUCUGCAGUUUCUGAUCAGAUUUUUCCAGCAUCACAUUCAUCCACAUUUUCUGUUGUCGUGAGUUUUCAUUUCAGCAGUUUGUGGCGAUUUUACUUUACUUUUAUUUUAAUUUUAUGAUUUUUUUUUAAGCUCUGUUGCUCAAAAUAAUCUGAAAAACGCAAAUGAUUCACUCUGUUUAGUUUCUGCUCCUGUGAUCUGUUGACAGUCAGAAAGCCGCUAAAUAUUUCCUGAUUUACGCUUUAAAUAACAAAUAACGAGACAUAAGUCGUCAUUUUCUGCCUCAGCGACGUUUAAAGCUGCACAAGUUAACCUCUGCUGCCUCCUGGUGGCUGAAUGUAGACCGACAUCCUGAAAUUCUGCAGCUCUCCUCUGAUUUAAAACUCUUUGCUGCUCUUUGUUUGAAUGCUUCAUGUGAGGAUUUAUGCAAAAAACAAGAGAAAGUAAAGCAGUGGAUGCAAAAAUGUCAAAGAUUUCAGCAGAAUUUAGAUGUUUUAGCUCUGCUGUUGAGCCAAAAAUGUAAAAUAUCGAAAUAUUCUGCUUUGAAAAAUCUGAAUUUGAGGGAAUCCAAGAUGUUUUGUUACGUUUUGGACAGUUUGAGCCCCUAAAACAAACUUAAAAUGAAACUUUUUUUUAACUAAAUUUAAAUUUUGUGGAAUUAGCAGCUCAAAAUUAUAAAAUAUUUACUUUAAUAUGACAUCAGACAAUAAAUUUUUUAGAUAAUAUUUGUCAUUUUUACUUCAAAUUCACAUUAAAAUAGUAAAUAGCUUUAAAACUACUUAAGAAUGGUAAAUAUUCAUAUUUUUAAAAGGAGUAUUUCUCAUUUAUGCCCAUAAACACCCUAAAAAAUGAUAAAUAUUCACAUUUUUAAAGGAAAAUAGUUGUCAUUUUUGCUUGGAAACAACUUAAAAAUAGUAAAUAUUCACAUUUUAAACAAGAAUUUUUGUUGUUUCUGCCUAAAAACAAUAUUUACAACAGUAAAUAUUCUCAUUUAUAUCUGAAUAUUUGUCAUUUUUGCUGAUAAACUGCAUAAAAAUGGUAAAUAUUCACAUUUUGAAAGAGAAUGUUUGUCUUUUUGUUUGUAAAGGACUUAAAAAGUGAACGUUUGCUUAAAAACAAUGCAAAAAUAGGAAAUAUUCACAUUUAUUAAGAGAAUAUUUGUUAUUUCUGUCCAUAAACAACCUGAAAAUUGUGAAUAUUCACACUUUGAAAGAGAUUAUUUGCUUUGAAGCAGCUCUAAAAAUGGUAAAUAUUCACAUUUGUAUUUGAAAAUUUCUCAUUUUGCUUUAAAUCAGCAUUAAAGUGGUGAAUAUUCACAUUUUCAAUGAGAAUGUUUGUCUUUUUUUGCUCGUAAACGACUCAAAAAUGAUGAUUUUUACAUUUUAAAGUGAAUAUUUUCUUAAAAACGAUUUAAAAAUGGGACAAAUUCACAUUUUCAACAAGAAUAUUUGCUUUAAAACAACUCAAAAUUGGUAAAAAUUAACAUUUGAGAGUUUUUUUUUUGGCUUUUUAAAUGUUUUUUCAAUUAGUUUACUAUCAGAUAAAGUUUCUGUCGUCACACCUCUAAUAAAAUCAUCAGAAUUCAGAGAUGAGGCUCCAGGAUGAAGCUGGUUUUUAAAGUUUAGCAGAAAUCUUGUGCAGCUUUAAGUAAAUCAAGGCUCUAAAAGCAGCUUCAGCUCCACUUUAUUCUUCUUUGUUUCCUCCAUAAUAUAAGGGAACGGUGUUUUUAUCCAGAAAUAAGGCUGAAGUAGUAAUAAAAAGGCUUUCCUGCUUCCACAAACAACCACUGGAUCGUCCUCUGACCGUCUGCAGGAGCCGACGGAUCGCAGAAAUGUAAAUAUACGAAACACGCCGAGCAACUCAGGUUUCUACGAAUCAAGGCGAUGCGUUUUGUUUUUUUAAUGUUAGUGAGGGAACAAGGAGGAAACAACAAGCACACAAACAACCGGAGGCGACGGAAAGAGAGAAACACGGAUCUGUUUGGUCUUUACGGGCUUUUAUUUUGAAAUUUAGUCUUAAACUUCCCACCUUUUCUCUCAAACACACGUCUGGUUUUGGGAUCAGUCGAGCUUCUGUCAGCAAACAAACCCUUUAAAAAGCAUGAAUCUAACAACAUUCCAGCCUGAAAUCCAGCUUCAGCAGCGAGUUGGAGGAAAAUAAAGGUGUAGUUCACCCAAAACAAACAGGAGACGAUCUGAGCAGCUUUAAACUGUCUGUUUCCUGCACACAUUUAUGCAAAAAUGACCAAAAUAAUCCGUUUUCAGCUUCUCAGAUGUAAAGAUUUUCAGCUUUUCUCUGCUUCAUAUCACAUUAAAGGGAGGAUUUUUAGAGUUCUGGCUGCUGGUGGAGCAAAAAUAAUCCGUUCAUCUGGAGAAAAAUGAGCUUUUACAGCUUCAACACACUGGUUUUAGUCUCUCACCUCCAUCAUGGCUUCUGUGUGGAUUCAGUUUGUUAGCUGAGAGUCUGCUGCAGAAAUAUGAGAAAUAAAACAAACGUGACGAGUCCUGAAGCGUCUCAGAAAGAGCAGAAAGCAAACAGUGGAGGCUGAUUUCUGCCACUUAAAGAAGAAAUGAAGAAGAAAAAUCUAAAUUAUGGGAGGAAAAGUCAAAAUUACGAGAUGAAAAGUUGAAAAGUCUGAGAUAAAAAGUCAAAGCUGAGACAAAAUAUGAAAAUUAUGAGAUGAAAAGUCAAAUAUGUGAGAAAAAGUUACAUUUUUAAAAUGAAAGAUAAAAUUUCAAGAAAAUGUCGGAAUUAUCGGAUGAAAAGUAAUUUUUUGACAACAAGGCAAAUGUUUGACAUAAAAAGUCAAAUAAAGAUGAAUAAAUGGAGAUAAAUAUUUCUGUAGUAGAGAUAAAUGUCAUGAGAUUGAAGGAUUGUUAAACUUUUUAUGAGCAUUUUGACUUUUUGUCUCAUGUUUUUGGGCUUUUUUAAAUUAAAUUUUGACUUUUAUUUGAUUAUUUUCACUCUUUAGUGAAUAUUUCUGAAAUCUUUCCUUCAUAUUUGAUCUUUUUCUGGCAGAUCUGUUUCCACAGAAGCAGAAAAAUACUUUUAAAGAAAAUCAAACGUCCGUCUUCGUGUCCUUCAAAAUAAAAGCCUGGUGGACUGAACUUCCUGUGCGGUCGUCUCCACUCUAAAGGGAUGAAUGCAGGUUUUCUUUGUGUUUUCUAUCUAAUUAUGGAUCAUGAAGUGUAGAUCUCGUCUCCGUGUACAGCUCUGGGAAAAACACUCAAAGAAAAUGGUUUUUUUUCUGUAAUUAUGAAAAGCUUUUUUCUCUUCUUUCUUCUCCUCUUCCUCUUCCGUCGGAGAUGCUGCUGCUACGCCGACUCUCUGUUUUUGUACCUGCAGAGUUGGACUUUCUAUUAAAAACAAUAAAAUUAAUAAUCAGCUGGUUGGA